CACGAUUUUUGGUGCGUCCUGUUUCAUUAUAAACAAAUUUUUAUUUACUUUAGGAUUUUAUUUGUGUAUUUGUACAAGAUAUUUAUAAAACCUACCAAUUUACUUUUAUAACGGUUCACCAAUUUUGGUCACUAGACGGUGAAAAAUUAUUUUCAUAAUAGAGAUUAGUGCGCAAGUCCAGACGGAACAAUAUUUUGAUAAAUUAUUAUUUGAGUGGCUGCACUCAUUUUAGUUGCAUAUAAGAUAAAAUUGUGAAUAAAUAAACGAAAACAAAAAUGUCUGCCGUGUAUGACAAUGCAGGAUUUGAUAGAACUAGUUCUGAAAAUGGAAAUUAUAGUAAAUCAAGCACGGCUGCAGAAUCGCAAGUUCAAAUAAGUUUUAAAAGAGAGGGUCCGUGGAAGAGAAGAUCGGCCUGUGAAAAGGGACUACUUUUUCUCGUAGUUAUAUUUCUCGCGGCGGCAGUUGUACUGGCCGUUGUUGUAGUGAGGCAGAAACAAGAAUUAGAUGAUUCUACGUCAGACAAAGUUGUCAAGGCACCAGCCCCUGAUGUCAUAUCGCCAGAAGUGUGUCUUACAGCGGACUGUGCAAAAGCAAGUGCACGCGUACUGGAAAAUAUGGACUUGACAAUAGAUCCAUGUGAAGACUUCUAUAUGUACUCGUGCGGCACGUGGAAAAAGAAACACGUGAUACCAGAUGAUAGCUCAAGCUAUAGUAUGUUUGGAUCUCUAAGUGAAAAAGUUCAGGUGAUAAAUAAAUAUCUGCUUGAUGAUAACCAGGCGUACCAAAACUUUUCAAGUAUUGUCAAAGCUAAAGAUUUGUAUGCUUCGUGUUUAGAUUUAGAAACAAUUGAGAAGAGAAAUUCAACAGCUGCCGUACCUUUACUAGAAGAGCUCGGUGGCUGGCCAGUGCUUGGUACCAAACUUGGUGGAAACUGGAUAGAAAGUAAUUUUAGCCUGUCCCAGUUAUUGAUAACACUACGGCAAUACAACAAUAAUCCAGUUAUUAAUAUGUACGUAAGCCCGGAUAUAAGGAACUCACAACAGUAUAUCAUUUAUUUUGACCAACCAUCUUUUGGACUUCCUGGACGCCUGUAUUAUCUACAGGAUGGAUUAGCGCGCAUGCGCGAAGCUUACGUCACUCUUGCGUCAUCAAUAGCUAAACUGUUCGGAGCUGAUGAGAAUCUUGCAGAUAGAGAGAUGCGGCAAAUGCUCGACUUGGAAAUAGAUCUUGCAAAUAUCACAACAAAGCCAGAAGACAGACGAGAUUUCGAUGCCCUGUAUAAUAAGAUGACAAUUGCACAGUUAAAACAGAAUUUUACAGAGCCAAAUACAACGGACACUGUACAGUUCGACUGGCUCGAAUACAUACAAGGUGUUUUUGACAUAGAGAAUGUUGGAAUAGCAUUGGAUGAAAACGAGCAGGUCAUUGUGCUGGACGUUUCAUACUUCAAGAGACUCUUUAAUGUUCUUCAAAAACAUGGAAAACGCACAGUUGCUAAUUAUGUAGUAUGGACCAUUGUGCAAAACCGUGCUUCCAAUCUUGAUAGCAGAUUUAGAGAACUUUUGACGGAUUUUAAUAAGGUUUUAUAUGGAAUCGCAUCAUCCUCUGCCAGGUGGAAAGGUUGUGUAUCUUACACGGUGUAUAACUUCGGUAUGGCUGUAGGACACAUGUUUGUCAAGGAAACAUUUGACGAAUCUGCAAAAACUUCAGCACUUAAUAUGAUUAAAAACAUCAGAGACGCAUUUGAUGAGCUGUUAGAUGAAGUAGAGUGGAUGGAUGAUGGAACAAGAAUACUUGCAAGUGAAAAGGCAAAUGCAAUAAAAGAAUGGAUCGGCUAUCCAGAUGACGUGUUAGUUGAUGAGAAAGUCAACAAGCUAUAUGAAAACGUGACAAUAGACAGGGACGAUUAUUUCAUGAACGUCUUAAACAAUUUGAAGAGGUCAUCGGCUGAAGGACUGACCAAAUUGCGACAGAAAUAUGAUAAAAAUAUAUGGACAACCCCACCUUCUAUUGUUAAUGCAUUCUACAGCCCAUUGCAAAAUGCUAUAAUGUUCCCAGCAGGGAUUCUUCAACCUCCUUUUUAUGACAAAGGUCAACCAAAGUCCAUGAAUUACGGUGGAAUAGGUGCUGUGAUAGGACAUGAAAUAACUCACGGUUUUGAUGAUAGAGGAAGACAAUAUGAUAAAACUGGCAAUCUCAACCAAUGGUGGAAUACCUCAGUUAUUACACGCUUUAAAGAAAAGGCUCAGUGUAUAAUUGACCAAUAUAAUGAGUUUGUUGUACCAGAGGCAGGUUUGAAUAUAAAUGGAAUUAAUACGCAAGGAGAGAAUAUAGCAGACAAUGGUGGCCUUAAACAAAGUUUCAGGGCAUACAGAAAAUGGGUGGAAAAACGUGGAAAAGAAGAAGCCUUGUUACCAGGAGUUAACUUUACCAAUAAUCAGCUAUUCUUUAUCAACUAUGCACAGGUUUGGUGUAAUAAUGCAAGAAAAGAAAACAUCAUUAGUGCCGUUAACACUGGUGUUCACAGUCCUGGUCAAUUUAGAGUGGUAGGUACAUUGCAAAAUACUCGGGAAUUUUCUGCAGCGUUUGGAUGUAAGAAGAACAGUUUCAUGAAUCCAGAGAAAAAGUGUGCUGUAUGGUGAAAAAAGUAAAACAUCAGGAACAUAUGGAUAACGCAUAAUAGCACUUUUAAUUAAAAAAAACCCCAUAAAUUAAUGCAAUAAAUUUUUAUUAAAAUUUUUAGUUCGUUCCUUCAUUUUAAUGGUAAUCCCCCCAUUUUAUAUGUUCUUUACAGGCUUACUCCUUCAUUUGAAAAUUUCUUGUUCAGACAACUUUGAGAAUGAUAAUAUGAGGAUGAUUUUUGAAGAAUGAAUACUGUUUUAAAUUAAGCUCUACACUAUCAUUGAAAUAUUUAUAUCAAUAACAGAAAUAUGUUUACUUAAUGAUAUAUUUUGAAGUACUAUACGGUGUUGAUGCAUAUCCAAGAGACAACUUAACUGUUUUUGUUUCUUUUGCACAACAAAUCAAUAACAAAUAUGUUUUAAUAAAGACACAUCUACCUU